AUGCAGCAAGUCGACGAUCACACCCGAGUUCGAGACCUCGCCAGUCAGGUCUGGUAUCUGCCCCACGUCCGACUGGCAGUUUUCAAGCACUUAGUUCGGUCAAUCGAUCGCCGCUCGCGGACCAUCACCGAUGUGCGACGCGAAGAGAGGCAACUUCUCACCUCGCUCAUGACGAUUAGCAGAGAGACAUCCGUGGACGUUGCGAUGCUCCAGUAUCCUGCCACCUUCUUCGACGAAUUUCCGUGGGAGUGCAAGGAUAAGGUAGGCGCCCCAGGGCACUUCAGAGGUUUUCCCACUAACCUGAAGGAUCGCAUGAGGGGGUAUGCCGCUGGGGUCAUCACCUUGAACUUGAUGGGAAGCCUGUCUUUCCUCGUUAACUGGACCUGGGCCAAGCUCUGUUCGUUUUUCCCGAAACUCACCAUCGUCCAAUUCGAGGGCACCACCCUGCACUUCAAUCGCCGGGCUAGUCACACAGCGAAGGAUUACGGCCCUCUCGAUCAAUGGGUCACCGUCAAUGAGAACGCCAUUACGAGCUCCCAGCAAAUCAGCAACCAACUGCUCGGGGGAGCCGCAUUGUUGUCGAAGAUUGCUGGCCACGGUCUGCGACCUGUCUUUCCAGAUGAGGGUGACAAAAUCCACAUCCCAGCCAUAUUCUGCUUGCCUCUCGAGCAACUCUUCAUCAGAGACAGUGAACAGAUAUCCGACGACUGGUGCACAAUCUUGCACUACCGCAACACUGCAUGCGCUACAAUUCAGCAAUUGACUUGGGACUUCGGCAGCUAUUACCCGCAGAUCGAGCACCUGACCAGGCUCUCACCCCCCGGUCUGAAAGUCUUUGAAGCCGAGGUCUGGUCUACGGCGCCGCUGAGCCAAACCCUGAACAACUUCACGACCCUCAUCGACACGGAUGUGGGUACGGAUGAGCUGCUGAAGGAGCAGCCGCACCGUUUCCUCCCAGUUUACAAUGAACUGCCCGAAGAUCUUGAGGUUGAGCUGUCAAUUUGCAUCUCGAUUGAACAUGACGAUCCUCUCUACUACGCGGACCGACUGCUGAAGGCCCUCCCUCUGUUGUGGAUCGAAAGAAUGAAGUCGAAGCUCGGCGGCAGCAUGCGCAUCACCGUUGACACAUUGUGCGACCUCAAUGGGUUCUAUCUACCCUACCGCCCCGAACCUGUUCUUGAUCGCCUGAACCAAGUCCUCCCUCCGGUCCAGAACAACUCGAAUGAAAGCGGAAGCAGUGCUCCGGGAAUCGAUUACACUCUCGCCGCUGCUCAGGAGGGGCUAAUCGAUCACAUCGCUAAUCUUCACCUGUGA